AUGGAGGUCGACACGAUCGACAGGUCGGCGACAAAGUUGGGAGACAACGGCGCCAUCGUCGUGGAAAAGCCCCGGAUGGAUCUGGUCUCCCGAAGCGAGAAAGCGAAGCUGCGGAGGAUGAGGGAGGCAAACGAGGUCUAUGGCCGGGGCAAGAAGAUCAACACGAAGCAAAUCAAGGACAAGAAGCUGCGCACCAACUUGAAGCGUCUGGAGAGCAAAUACCAGGAUGCUACGGUCAAGGCCAAGGAUGCCGAGCUCCUGCUCGAAAACACCAGCGGCUUCCUCGAAGCCGAGGGGGAACUCGAGCGGACGUACAAGGUCCGGCAAGACGACAUCACCUCCAGCGUCGCCGUCGAGACGGCACAGAAGCGCUUCGAUCUGAACCUCGACCAGCUGGGACCCUACAUCUGUGACUACACGAGAAAUGGCCGGGAACUGCUUCUGGCCGGCCGGAAGGGCCAUGUGGCGACGAUGGAUUGGCGGGAGGGCAAGCUCGGGUGCGAAGUCCAGCUGCACGAAACGAUCCGGGAUGCCAAGUGGCUGCACAAUAACCAGUACUUUGCCGUGGCGCAGAAAAAGUACGUCUACAUCUACGACCGCGACGGCGUCGAGCUGCACUGCAUGAAGAAGCUCAUGGACGUGUCCCACAUGGAGUUUCUCCCCUACCACUUCCUCCUCGCGACGAUUGGGACGGUGGGAAUUCUCAAGUACCAAGACACCUCCACCGGUCAGCUGGUGGCCGAGAUGGGCACCCGACUCGGCCAACCCGUCUCCAUGGCGCAGAACCCGUACAACGCCAUCCUUCACGUCGGACACCAGAACGGCACCGUCACCCUUUGGUCGCCCAACUCGCAGGAGCCGCUGGUGAAGCUGCUGGCGCACCGCGGCCCGGUCCGGUCGCUGUCGGUCGACCGAGAGGGGCGGUACAUGGUUUCCACCGGGCAGGACCUGAAGAUGGCCGUGUGGGACAUUCGCAUGUUUCGCGAGGUCAGCAACUACUACACGCGGCAGCCGGCCUCGUCGGUCGCCAUCUCCGACACGGGCCUGACGGCGGUCGGGUGGGGAACGCAGACGACGAUUUGGAAGGGGCUCUUCGACAAGAAUGCGCCGGCGCAGCUCCAGGUCCAGAGCCCCUACAUGGCGUGGGGCGGCGAGGGCAAGCGGAUAGAGCGGGUGAGGUGGUGCCCGUACGAAGACAUUCUCGGCGUCGGCCACCACCAGGGCUUCUCCUCCCUCGUCGUGCCGGGAGCGGGCGAGGCCAACUUUGACGCGCUCGAGGUCAACCCGUUCGAGACGACGAAGCAGCGGCAGGAGGCCGAGGUCAAGGGCCUGCUGAACAAGCUGAAGCCCGAGAUGAUCGCCCUCGACCCCAACUUCGUCGGCAACCUCGACCUGCGGUCGGACGCGCAGCGGAAGGCGGAGAGGGACCUCGACGCGCCGGCGACGACGGUCGCCGACGAGAUCCGGAACCGGGCCCGGGGCAAGAACGGCGCGCUCAAGAAGUACCUGAGGAAGCAGAGGAAGAAGAACGUCAUCGACGAGAAGCGGCUGCGGGUGGACGAGCUGUGGAAGCAGCAGCAGGAGAAGAACGGCAAGAGGCGCAAGGAGGCCGAGGCGGAUCUGGGGCCGGCGCUGUCGCGGUUUGCUAGGAGAGAAUAG